AUGAAGUACUAUUCUUUCGUCAGCUCUAUCGCUGCCGCUAUCUUCGUGGCUACGUGCGCUGCCUCAAUGCUGACAUCCACGACUGCUACAGCGACAACCGUUCCUGAUAAGGCUACCCAAGCACCAGUAUCGAUCGGUAGCAUUCACACUUUCAGCAGCCGCUGUAACCGACCGCGGGUCAAUGAGGGUCAGCACGAGCAACACGGCAAUAUUUGGUUUGAUGCGUUCUGUCACGGCGAUGAUGGUCGACUCUGGCACGCUGUGAUUAAUCUGAAUCACUGCUUGGCCAACAGAGACGCCGUCCUCAAGGCCGAACCGGGUGGUGACUUCGCUCAGUCUUGCUGGGACGCCAAACUAUCCUCAAGCACGUUCAUGGAUGUGUUGUGCUCGACCACUGGGGAUGGACACCCUCCCAAAGCUGCGAGCAUCAACUUGGAUGACAUCACCGAGGUCACCUCAGAUGGCUUGCUCAAAUGCAACAAUCACCAAGGCUGUGCAUGGAACCAGUUGGGAUGUAUCGACAAACCGAACGGGGUUCCAGGUUAA